UGUUAACAGAGCAGCUGAAACAUGUAAAGUGUGGCAACGCCACACCCCCUCAAAUAUACAUACGUAUGCAAAGGAGAAGACGAAUUACCGCAAAAUCAUUUUAUUAAAGGUGCAUCGAAGCUAGAAAGCAGACAACAGUCGACAUACCAAUCACGUGAUAGAAAGGAUAUCAUUUUUGAAGUGCACAUCGAUCAAACCCAAAAGAAGGAUAUACAAAAAAUCAUUAAAAACGACAAGAACAGCGAACAAAAAAUAUUAGAAAAUAUGGCAAGCGAUUUAAGCGGCAUUGUCGAGUCAUCGUUUCCCACGGGUGCAUUGGUACCGAAAGCGGAGACGGGCGUGCUGAACUUUUUACAAAAGUAUCCGGACUACGAUGGCCGAGAUGUAACAAUAGCUAUCUUCGAUUCCGGGGUGGAUCCACGUGCAACCGGACUUGAAACGCUUUGCGAUGGCAAAACGCUGAAAGUCAUUGAGCGCUAUGAUUGCUCGGGCUGCGGCGAUGUGGACAUGAGCAAGAAGGUGACGCCAAGUGAGAAGGGCACCUUCAAGGGUCUGUCGGGUCGCUCACUAAAGCUCAGUGCGGAGCUGUUGGCUCUUAACACAGACAAGGAACGUGCUGUACGGGUGGGCCUGAAGAGCUUCAAUGAUUUAGUGCCAGCAAAGGUGCGCGACAACAUUGUUGCUCAGGCAAAGCUGAAGAACUGGGACAAGCCACACAAGAUGGCCACAGCUAAUGCAAGUCGCAAAAUAGUUGAAUUUGAAUCUCAAAAUCCAGGCGAAACUCCCAAGCUGCCCUGGGACAAAAAGAUAAUUAAGGAGAACCUAGAUUUUGAGCUGGAAAUGCUAAACACUUAUGAGAAGCUAUACAACGAGGUCAAGACCUCCUAUGACUGCGUGCUCUUUCCAACCGAAAAUGGCUGGUUGACCAUCAUAGAUACAACAGAACAGGGCGACUUGGAGAAGGCACUGCGGAUUGGCGAAUACACCAGGACACAUGAGACCAAGAAUGUCGAUGAUUUCCUCUCGAUUUCGGUAAAUGUCCAUGACGAUGGUAACGUGCUAGAAGUGGUGGGCAUGUGCUCGCCGCAUGGCACGCACGUAGCAUCGAUUGCCAGUGGCAAUCACAAUUCCAGGGACAUUGAUGGUGUGGCGCCUAAUGCCAAGAUAGUGUCCAUAACCAUUGGCGACGGCCGUUUAGGCUCUAUGGAGACGGGCACGGCGCUCGUUCGCGGCAUUACGAAGGUCAUGGAGCUGUGCCGUGAGGGCCGACGCAUUGAUGUGAUCAACAUGAGCUACGGCGAGCACUCAAACUGGUCGAACUCUGGCCGUAUUGGUGAGCUGAUGAACGAGAUUGUCAAUAAGUAUGGCGUCGUCUGGGUUGCUUCGGCAGGAAAUCAUGGACCGGCGCUCAGCACCGUCGGCACUCCGCCGGACAUCAGUCAACCCAGUCUGAUAGGUGUCGGGGCCUAUGUCUCGCCGCAGAUGAUGGAGGCAGAGUAUGCGAUGCGUGAGAAGCUUCCCGGCAACGUAUACACAUGGACAUCACGCGAUCCCUGCAUCGAUGGCGGACAGGGCGUGACGGUGUGCGCACCCGGCGGCGCCAUUACAUCCGUCCCGCAGUUUACCAUGAGCAAGUCGCAGCUGAUGAAUGGCACAAGCAUGGCGGCACCACACGUAGCCGGUGCAGUGGCCUUGCUCAUCUCUGGCCUGAAGCAGGAGAAUAUUGAGUAUUCGCCCUAUAGUAUUAAGCGCGCCAUUAGCGUGACGGCUACCAAACUUGGCUAUGUGGAUCCUUACGCACAGGGCCAUGGACUGCUAAACGUGGAGAAGGCUUUCGAGCAUUUGCUUGAGCAUCGGCAGUCUAAGGACAACAUGCUGCGCUUCUCUGUGCGCGUGGGCACCAACCAAGCUAAGGGCAUUCAUCUACGCGAAGGCGUGCAGCGCAAGUUCGUUGACUUCAACGUCAACAUCGAGCCGGUCUUUUUCAACGACAAGGAAGUGGAUCCCAAAGAGAAGUUCAAUUUCAAUGUGCGUCUUAGCCUCUUGCCCUCGCAGCCAUGGGUGCAGUGCGGCUCUUUCCUGGACCUCAGCUACGGCGUACGCUCUAUUGUGGUCAGAAUUGAUCCGACUAGCUUGCAGCCAGGCGUGCACAGUGCUGUGGUUCGUGCCUACGACACGGACAACGUAAGGAAGGGUCCAUUGUUUGAGAUACCCGUUACUGUGGUGCAGCCCCAUGUGUUGGAAGACAACCAAAACACGCCCAUCUACGAGCCUGCCUCAAAUAGGGCCGACAAGAGCGUUGAGUUUCAGCCCAAUACUAUUCAAAGGGACUUUAUUCAAGUGCCGGACAAGGCCACCUGGGCAGUGCUGCGGCUGCGCAUAACUGAUCCCAAUCGGGGCAACGACAUUGGAAAGUUCUUCUUGCACACGAAUCAACUGCUGCCGAAUCAAUCGUGCCGCAAACUGGAAACCAUGAAGAUAAUUGGCGUCAAUUCGGAAUUUGAGGCCACGGCCACCUUCCGUGUUAAGGCCAACAGGAUACUGGAGCUGUGCAUAGCCAAAUAUUGGUCGAAUCAUGGGCAGAGCCAUUUGAAGUACAGCCUUGAGUUUCACGGCGUGGCUGCCCUAAAUCCCAACGCAUAUGUCAUGCACGCUGGUCGUGGCAUACACAAGCUGGAGAUUGGAGCGUUGGUGGCGGAGGAGAUUCAACCACUGCUGCAGCUCAAGAAUGCCGCAGUUGUGCUCAAGCCCACCGAGGCAAAAAUUUCGCCAUUGAGCGCGACACGCGAUGUCAUACCGGAGGGCAGGCAGGUCUAUCAAAAUAUUCUUGUCUACAAUCUGAAUGUAGCGAAGGCAGCGGAAGUAGCGUUGUAUGCGCCUCUGUUCAACGAUUUGCUGUAUGAAGCCGAAUUUGAGUCGCAGAUGUGGAUGCUUUUCGAUGUGAACAAAACUCUGGUUGCCACCGGCGACGCGCAUUCUCACACGUUCUUUACGAAGCUGGAGAAGGGGGAGUAUACGGUGCGGCUGCAGGUGCGUCACGAGAAGCGCGAGUUGCUCGAGAAAAUCUCAGAGGCCAAUCUUAUUGCGGCCUACAAGUUGGCCAAUAUGCUCUCGUUCGACUUUUACGACAGCUACAAUCAGUGUAUUAUCAGUGGCCGCAAAAUUACAUCUGCCAAGGUGCGUGAGACUACCAAAAUGCUCUAUAUUGCACCCAUUGCUCAAGAGAAGCUCACAAAGGCAAAUUUGCCGGCGCAAUGCGCCUGGCUUGCCGGCAACCUAAUCUUUCCGAAAGAUGAGGGCGGCCGUCGUAUUGCCCUGCAUCCCUUCACCUAUAUACUGAAUCCGGCCGAAAAGAAAUCAACCGCUAAUGGCGCCGCCAAUGGAGCUGCUGCUAAUAAUGCCAGCCCGGCGGCGGCCGCCGCUGUCACCGCCAAUGGAGCUAAACCGAAGGCAGCAGCCACGCCCCAGGGUGCAACAAGCGCUGCGAAUUCAGCUGGCGGUGAUGGUGUUACACUGCAGAGCGAAGUGCCCGCCAACGGAGGCGGUGGUGCGCCCAGUUCUCCCCAAAAGGGCAAGACCAGCGCCGACGACUAUGCCGAGAGCCUGCGAGAUUUCCAAUGCUCUCACAUUGCCAAGUGUGAACUGGAGAAGGCUGAAAAAAUAUACAACGAUGUUAUUGCUGCACAUCCCAAGCAUCUUCCGGCACAUCUGCAGAUGAUCCAAAACAUCGAGUCGAGCGAGCUGAAGAGCCAACUACCGUUCGCCUUCCUCGCUGCCCAGCAGAACUCAAACAAGGAGGGUGACAACGCCAACGUGGAUAAGCCAAAAGAGGAUCAGCAGAAGCAGCGCUCUGCCUUGGAGCGCAUUGUAAAACUUGCAGAUAUUGUAAUCAAAGAAACUGAUGCCGAUGCCCUGCUCUCAUACUAUGGAAUUAAGAACGACACACGUCCAGAUGCGGCCAAAAUCAAGACCAACAUGGACAAACAGAAGAAUAAUCUCAUCGAAGCCUUGAGCAAGAAGGGCAUUGCACUCGCCAAGCUGUGUGUGCUCGAAGACAAUCUCAAGGAUCAUUUGGCCGAGCUGAACGAAGUGUACACGGAUAUCAUUAAGUUUAUUGAUGCGACCGAUACCAAGGCCAUCCAAUUCGCCAUAUGGCAUGCCUAUGCGCACAAUCAUUACGGACGGAUGUACAAAUAUGUGACAAAGAUGAUUGAGGAUAAACGCACACGGGAACUCUUCGAGGAGAUGGCGGCCAUCAACAGCGCUUUGGGAUAUGAGCAUACCAAAGCUGUUAUAGAUCGUAUGGCUGUCACUUACUUCCCAGGCGGCUUCCGUUUGUUUUAAGUGAUCGUUGGCAGUUUUUAUGCAAUUAGCAAAAUAACCUUUACAAUUUCACAUUUAAAUCUAAUCACUGUUUUAUUUCUAUUGCAAGCCAUGAAGUAAUCAAUUAUAUAUAAUGUACAUGAACUCAGUAUGCUUCCAAUUUAAAAACAAAA